UGCUCCGCUGAAAUAUUACUAGUUAAGGAUGCGUGGUGAGAUCUCAAACACAGAUCUGAAUCUGAUUAUGAAAUCUGAUAAAAGAACAAAAUCUGAUUUUGAAUUGAAUGUAAUUUUUCCUUUUUAGGUGAAUAAUUAAUUGAGAAUUUAAAACAUGGACACAUGUCAUGGCUUGUGCGUGCACCAACGUCACAGCAGAUCAAAUUCUUAUACUUCUUCUCCACCAUUUUGUUGUGACCUGACUUGUGUGUGAGAGAGUCUUCUUCUGAGUCGGUCUUUGAGUUCGAUUCGAGUAAACAAUAAGAAAGAAGGAAAGCAAGAAAAGAUGCACUUAAGCGAAAAUGAAGGCAUAGAAGGCAACACUUUUGUGGUGACGGGUGGGUUGGGGUUUGUGGGCUCCGCACUCUGCUUGGAGCUGCUUCGAAGAGGGGCUCACCAAGUCCGAGCCUUUGACCUCCGAACGACCUCCCCUUGGUCCGCCAAUCUCCUCCAACACGGCGUCCACUGCGUCCAAGGGGAUGUUACCCAUAAAAAAGAUGUUGAAAAGGCUCUGCGCGGAGCAGACUGUGUGUUCCACCUUGCUUCAUAUGGCAUGUCAGGGAAAGAAAUGCUGCAGUUUGGUCGUGUUGACGAGGUCAAUAUAAAUGGAACCUGUCAUAUAUUAGACGCUUGUCUCGAGUUUGGGAUCCAAAGGCUUGUUUAUGUGAGCACGUACAAUGUUGUGUUUGGGGGAGAGGAGAUUGUCAAUGGGAAUGAGGCCUUGCGCUACUUCCCCAUUGAUAGCCAUGUCGACCCGUAUGGCCGUAGUAAAUCAAUUGCCGAGCAGUUGGUCCUCAAGUACAAUGCUCGUCCCUUUAGGAAGAAGAGUGGGAAGUGCCUUUACACCUGUGCAGUUCGUCCAGCUGCUAUCUAUGGUCCAGGUGAAGAAAGGCACCUUCCGAGGAUAGUGUCUCUGGCAAAGUUAGGCCUAGUUCCAUUCAAAAUUGGCGAAGCAAAUGUGAAAACAGAUUGGAUUUAUGUCGAUAACCUAGUACUUGCACUGGUAAUGGCAAGCAUGGGACUUUUGGAUGACAUUCCCGGGAGAGAUAAAGAAAGACAUCCCAUAGCUGCUGGUCAGCCAUAUUUUGUAUCCGAUGGGUCUCCAGUCAACACCUUUGAGUUCAUCCGACCUCUGCUGAGAAGCUUGGAUUAUGACCUACCAAAGGCCUCCUUGUCUGUACCUCGUGCUCUUUCUUUAGGAAAGGUUUUUUGGGCAGUCUAUACUAUCUUGUAUCCAUGGUUAAAUCGAUGGUGGCUUCCUCAGCCAUUGAUCCUUCCUGCUGAAGUAUACAAGGUUGGUGUUACCCAUUACUUCUCUUUCCUUAAAGCAAAGGAGGAGCUUGGCUAUGUCCCAAUGGUGACUCCUCGAGAGGGAAUGGCUGCUACGAUCUCAUACUGGCAGGAGAGGAAAAGGAAAACUCUGGAUGGGCCUACAAUAUAUGCAUGGCUAUUUUGUGUGCUUGGAAUGGCCACGCUAUUCUGUGCUGCUUAUCUGCCAGACAUUGGACCUGUGCCACUCUUCAGAGCUAUUAGCCUCUUCUUUCUCCGGUCAAUGAGAGUAGUUAGGACAACGUUUCUCCUAGCUGCAGCAGCACAUAUUGGAGAGGCUGUAUACGCGUGGAAGCUGGCAAAAAGGGUGGACCCUGCUAACUCAAGAGGAUGGUUUUGGCAGACCUUGGCUCUUGGGUUUUUUUCAUUACGUUUUCUGUUGAAGAGAGCACGGAAGGCAAGAGCUCCUCGUCACUAGUGCAUAGGGGUGGGCACGGUCUGGAUUGGUUCGGUUUUACUCUCAAACCACAGCUGAACCAAUAAGAAAAUAACGGUCCGGUUUGGUUUGGAUUAGCCUAAAAUCAUAAUGGAAACCGAACCAAUCCAAACCACUUGUAAUUGGUUUGGUUCGGAUUGGUUCGGCCGGUUUGUGCCUAACACAAAACCAUGCAUUUUUCAACCUGCUCUUACAUUAUAAUGCUAACAUUUUGUCAUUAUAUCAUUCCAUUCCAUUCCAUCAAAGGCUAAUACAACAUCAUUCCAUUUAUUCAAA